CUGGGGACGCGUUUGCGCAAAAUGUUCCGGGGUCGCGGGGGAGAGGAGCGGCCGCUGCGCUGAGCCAGAGCCAUGAGCUACCAGAUCCUGCUGCUCCUGGCCACGAUGACCCUGAGCCUGGCCACCUCCCAACGCCGGGAGAAGCUGCCCUGCAAAAUGGUAGACAAGAAAGUCUUGUGCCAGGGCCUUGGCCUGUCCCAGGUGCCCUCAUUGCUGCCGCUGGACAUCCAGACCCUCGAUCUGUCUAGAAACCAACUGCAGAGUAUUGUGGCCACGCCCCUGGGCUUCUACAAGGCCCUCCGCUGCCUGGAUCUGAGCUCCAACGAGAUCAGCUCCCUGCAGCCUGACGUCUUCCAGGCCCUGCCCCACCUGGAAUACCUCAGCCUGGCUCACAACCGCCUUGCCCUGAGCACUGGGCUGGGCCCCCUGCCUUACGUGGCCUCCUUGGACCUGUCUGGAAACAGCCUGUUCAGUGGCCUGGUGGAGCGGCUGCUGGAGGAGGCUCCCGCCUUGCACACCCUCUCGCUGGCUGCGAACAGCCUGACGCGCCUGACCCGCCACACCUUCCGGGGCCUGCCUGCGCUCCAGCGCCUGGACCUGCACAGCAAUGUGCUGAUGGACAUCGAGGAGGGUGCCUUUGAGGCCCUGCCCCACCUGGUGCAGCUCAACCUCUCUCGGAAUUCCCUCACCUGCAUCUCCGACUUCAGUCUCCAGCAGCUGCGGGUGCUGGACCUGAGCUGCAACAGCAUCGAGGUCUUCCAGACGGCCCCCAGGCCGCAGGGAGAGUACCAGCUCACCUGGCUGGACCUGCGAGAGAACAAGCUGCUCCACCUCCCUGAGCUGGCUGCACUCCCCCGGCUCACCUACCUGAACGUGUCCAACAACCUCAUCCGGCUCCCCGUGGGACCAGCGCCGGGCAGUGAGGGCACGCCUGCGUCGGCCCAGGGCUGGUCAGUGCUGCCGGCCUCGGGCCCCAGCUGGAACACCAGCACCCACCCGCCUUCCCAGCUGCUGAACCUCGACUUGAGUUACAAUGAGAUCGAGCAGGUCCCCGAGAGCUUUCUGGAACCCCUGACCUCCUUGCGCUUCCUGAACCUCAGUCGAAACUGUCUGCGGGCCUUCCAGACGCAGCGAGUGGGCGCCUUGCCCUGCCUGGUGCACCUGGACCUAAGCCACAAUGUCUUGCAGGCUCUGGAGCUGGGCGCUAGAACCCUGGGGAACCUGCGGGCCCUGCUUCUGCAGGCCAAUGUCUUACGGGACCUGCCCCCAUACACCUUUGCUGGCCUGGCCAGCCUGAGGAGACUCAGCUUGCAGGGGAACCAAGUCCGCCCCUGUGGGGGGCCCCGGGAACCUGGCCCCUCAGGCUGUGUGGUCUUCUCAGGUAUGUCCUCCCUCCGUGUCCUGAACCUAGUGGAUAAUGAGAUCGAGAUGCUCCGGACUGGUACCUUCCUCCACACACCACUUACUGAGCUGCAUGUCUCUGGCAACCCGGGACUGGAGGUGGCCAAGGGCGCCUUGGCAGGCCUGGAAGGCUCCUUGGAGGUCUUAGAGCUGCAGGGCAACGGGCUGGCCGUCCUGCGGGUGGACCUGCCCUGUUUCCGCUGCCUCAAACAGCUCAAUCUCGCUGAGAACCACCUCAGCCACUUACCUGCCUGGACCCGGGCGGUGCCCCUGGAGGUGCUGGACCUGAGGAAUAACAGCUUCAGCCUCCUGCCGGGCAGUGCCAUGGGUGGCUUAGAGACCAGCCUCCGGCGCCUCUACCUGCAGGGAAACCCACUUAGCUGCUGUGGCAAUGGCUGGCUGGCAGCCCAGCUGCACCAGGGCCGCGUGGAUGUGGACGCCACUCAGGACCUGACCUGCCGCUUCGGCUCGCAGGAGGAGGUCUUCCUGAGCCACGUGCGCCCGGAGGACUGUGAGCAGGGCGAGCUCAAGAACACCAGCCUCAUCCUUAUCCUCAUCUUUGUGCUGGUCUCGGCCCUCAUCCUCUCCACGCUGGCUGCCUGCUACUGCUUCCGCCGGCAGAAGUUCAGCCAGCGGUACAAAGCCUAGGGAAGCCAGGGACAAUGGAACAGCCCAGCCGGAGUCUCCACCAGGUCAGCCAGCGAGCCGGAGGCACCGGGAAGGAUGGGGACUGAGUCAAAGUCACACAGCGAGCCAAGGGCAAGAACCGUGGUCUCACUCCAAAGCCCUAUGUCCUGUGCGGCUGCACUGGGGGGUGGCUCCCUUCACAAGUCACAGAUGUGGCCCUGCCUCAGAAGUCCCGAGUUGGGCAUGUCGGAAGAAAAUACUGUUUGUCCACAUGACCAGCAAGUCAAGUCUUGGCUAAGCAUCUGUGGUACACUCUGGGCCCAGAGCACACUGUUGAAGACCGAAUCCCUGCCCCCAGGCCACUCCCACUCCAAGAGUUUGGUCAGGGGCUCUCCUGCUUCUCAGGGCUAUGGUGUAUGCACCCCCCACCCCACCCCUGGGAUGCAGCUCCAUGGUUCUGCAGCCCCAGCUGGUGCCGUGGAGGACCAGGGAGGGGCAGGACCAGGAGAGUUUGUCCAAACCAUUCAUUCCCAAGCAGAUUCUCACAUUGUCUGAUGAUGACUCCCAGCUUCUCUGGAAAACGAAGCGCUGUGGCCGGAUGAAAGUGUAGUGUCCAGUGCCUGCAUAUGGGCUGUGGCCAUGUCAUCAGGGUUUGGUUAAGAGGCGGUCUGUCACCUGGACUUGAGCCCAGGCCUGGACAUUCCGCUUCAGACUCUGGACAGGCUUGUUCUCUCCCAGAACGCUCACAUUGCACACACUGACCACCCACCUGCUGCCCUGGCCCCCCCUAGCAUCACCCCACUCUGGCUGGGGAGCCAGGAUCUGGGGCCUGAGCCACCCGGCUCUGUUGUACUAGGCUGGGCAGCUGUAGAUGCAGGCCCAGCCUUCCUCGGGGAAACUCUGAGGUUCGUCUGUCAUCCCAUUUCACAAAGAGGAAAGUGAGGCUCUGGAAGUCUCCAUCCAGCACCUUACAGCCAAGAAAGACCAUGGCUGAUCUCCAAACACCCAAUCUUCUGAGCACAGAGGUGGUGCUUCCCCACUGCCCAUGCAGACGGGGCUGCAGGCUGCGGUAGACAGGAGGUGGGCCCCACGGUGCCCCGGCCAGGCCUGGGAGCUUCCUGUCCUGCUCAGACCCACCGCUCCUCCCCGUCCUCCCUCUCUCCUGCCAGCCCCCGUCUCACUCCUUCCCUUCUUCGGUUUAGGUUCUCUUUCCUGUGCCCGGACUCUGCUUCCCUCUGCCUCCACUGAUCACAGCCAGAAUGGGAGGCCACUGCGUUCAGCCUCCCCAUUGCGCAGACAGGGACGCAGAGGCUUGAGAGGAGACGAGGACCAGCGCAGAGCCGCCCACGCCCGAGUCAGGGGCAGGGCUUGUGAAAAGUGCGCAGACUGCCCGUGGGCAGGGAGAUGCGGGCGGAUCUCUCCCCGUUCAGCUAUCAUGGGUGGUGUGGUUGAGAGCUGCGCCCUGAGCUCUGCCCCGCGGUGCCGCCUGCGCCCGCUCCAUCCUCACCAGCGCCUCCACACUGUGCUCACGGUUGCUGCGCUAGCCCAUCGCACUGAGGGGCUCCCUCCAGCCCACCCUCUGCUUCACCAAGAAUGAUAGCCGCCUUUGGGGGGGCGGGAGGUGUGGGUGGGGGGGAGCCUCUCCUGUUGCCACGUUCAAAGUUAAGCAAGACGAAAGCUUGCCCUUCUCACUCCUAAGGAGGACUCAGGCUGUGCUUCUACCAAGAGAGCGUUAUUUGUGCUCCCGGAAGUCCACAGCGAGUGUAGUAUUCUUCGCCCAAGCCACAGUCCCAGUGUGGCCUGAUCUGUCCACGGUCCUAAAAUUCUCCUCUGCGCCUCCUCGUGCCUUGUGCCACUUUUGCGGGCGUAUGUCUUCACUGUCGCCAUCGGGGCUGUAGUGACCUGGUGUGGCCGAGGAGGAUGGCGUAGGGGGCUUUCCUGACCGCAACUCUUGAUGGAAGCAGGUUGCCAGCGCUUUUCUCCCUGGAGCUCCCGGGUGGGUUCAAACCGCCAGCCUUGCCGCAGGCCAUCAAGUGCUUCACAGUUUGUGCCGACCGGCUCCUGGGCACAGGGGAAAGACCAUGACUCAGAGCAGGGACAUGGUCUUUGUUUUCCAAUGCUUUCGGAAAGGGGUCUGGCUACAGAUUGGCCCGAUACAACACGCCAUUCGAUUCCCGGGCUGCUGUUUCCAUUCCUCUGCCAUCUAUCGAGAUGUUGCUUAUUGGUCCAGUCGGGAGCCCCUGGGGUUCCGUGAACUCCAGAUAGAGUGCUGAAAACCCUUGUCAUGUUGGAUCCAAAUUCUCUGUGCUCGUCAUGGGGGCAUUUUCCCCCUUGAAAAAUCGGUGGGCAUCCCCCUUCCCGCCCCCCUCCCCAACUCCUGCCCCGGGUUGUCGGCCUUCCGCCCUCCUCCCUCACGCCCAGGCAGCCCUGGCCGCCUCUGGUCUCCAGCCUGCAGGUGCUCACUCCCACGGACAUGCUGCCGCAGGCCUGGCGGAGGAGGUGACCGCCACAAACACUACACAAUGCUGCUCUCACCUGCCGGAGCCAGGCCACAGCCUGCGCCCCGGACCAGCUCUCUGUAUAACCCACGUGAAUGUAUUAAAAGAUGAUUCUGAAGACCCUG